GGCACUUUCAACUGGGAGCCAAUCCAACACAGCGACACUCUUGCUCUCUCUCUCUCUCUCUAAAACGUAAAAAAAUUGAAGGGAGGAGUCUGGUAGUGUAAAUCUUUGUAUGUGUGUGUCUUUAUCUUUCUCGGAUUUUUUUAUCGUAUUUAUUUAUACCUAUCUAUAUCUACGGAAUCCGCGAAGCAAAAGGGAACCCUCGAACAGUAAAUUCAUUGAGUGGUGAAUUUUCCCCAAGGAAGGAAAGAAUGAGCCGUCGCUGAGAAGGAAGUAAAACCCAUCCAUCAGAAAUCACUAAAAGUCGGGCCUGAUUGAACUUCUGUCUGAUCUGAUGGAGUCGCCCACCCCGGUUUCUCGAUAUAUUCCUCAGAAUUCUAAGAAAAGGGUGUUUCCGGCUGGAAGUUCGUCAUCGGGGUGUAAAGAAGUGGAGGUGUUGGAAGCAUCGCCGCCGAUUAAUCGCACUUCUAAACCCAAGUCCUCCAAUCAGAAAGAGGUUAUUAUUCAUGAAAUAAUCGAUGUUGACAUGGAAGAAGACUCUGAUGACAUUAUGUUAUCUGAUAGGGAAGUUGAAACAAGCGCGAAAGGCAAGGAACCCUUGUCAUAUUCUUCACUUGGUUUUAAUAGUUUGGCAAAUGAUGAAUCUGGGAGUGACAUCCUGAUGUCAAAUAAUGGUGCUGCUGGAUUACAUGAUUCAAUUAAUGGAGAUGAUUUGAGCUCUAAUAUAUUCUACGGAGAGGAUGAGUGGAUCGACACAUAUUAUGAUGAUAUACUAUAUGACGACUAUGCAACUCUUGAAUCACAUUUUGAUCACAUGGAUAUUCCACCCGGAGUCGAGGCGCCAUUCCCCUGGUUACCGAGUUGUCCUGGAAAUGAUUCAAAGGCUCCAGCAACUGGCACUUCAACUAAUUUAAGAUUGCAACUUCAGUCGGACGGUGUCAAUCUCUCCCCUGGCUUGAACUCAUCUCAGUCUUCGUGCGCAUUGACCCCUGACGAAAUGAAAGACCUGACAACUACAUGGAGCAAUUCAAUGGCAGCUAUCCAAAAGAAGAUCGGUAAUCAGCAUAUGAAGGGGAAACUGCCUUCUAAUUGGUUUGAACCUGGUCUAGAUCAGACAAAAUUGGCCACAAAUAAUACUUCCAAUCUGAGUCCACAACCCUCUAGGGGUUCAAUGUGCAAAGCUGGGAAGGAACUUCUGCACUCUUUUGGAAAGAGCAGGAGGAAGCCUCGUUCAUCUCAUGCUGUCAGUUCCAGCCAGAACAAUCAGUUUCCUCCUCCAACUUAUUUGGGUACUGUUAGUGGUGGCGGUAGUUAUCCUACUUUGAAAAUGCCGACAACUGCACCUGGAGGCUAUAUGCCUGUGUGGCAGGAUUUGCCCCUCAACAUGUUGGAACCCGCUUUGGGUCCUACAGGAUUUGUGCAUGGAAGCACAUUCAGCAGCUGGGGACAAGAUCCUGCCAAUAAUCAAGAUGGAGCAUCUUCAGUGGCGACUUCACUGCCCACCAAGGUAGAGCAGAGAAAUGUGGAUGAAAUUCUGCAACAUUUUGACCUAUUCAAGAAGUUUGACACUGUUGAAGAUUAUUCAGACCACCACUACUCCAAAAACGGCUCUUCUGCAAAGCAGCCGCCAAAGAAUUGGGCCAAGAGAAUACAAGAAGAGUGGAAGAUUCUGGAAAAUGAUUUACCUGAUAAAAUUUUUGUCAGGGUCUAUGAAGCGAGGAUGGAUCUUCUGCGAGCUGUGAUAAUAGGUGCAGAGGGAACUCCAUACCAUGAUGGUCUCUUUUUCUUUGAUGUAUUCUUUCCCAGCAGUUAUCCUAAUGUUCCGCCGCAUGUCCAUUACCAUUCAGGCGGUCUUCGAAUCAAUCCUAACUUAUACAAUUGUGGAAAAGUGUGCCUGAGCCUUCUUAAUACCUGGAGCGGUAGCCACAAGGAGAAGUGGAUCCCUGGUGUCUCAACCAUGUUACAAGUUUUGGUCUCUAUACAAGGGCUGAUUUUAAAUGCCAAGCCCUACUUCAACGAGCCUGGAUAUGCGAAUCUGAGUGGUUCUAUAAGUGGGGAAAAGAAAUCUUUGGAGUAUAAUGAGAGAACAUAUAUAUACUCCUUGCAAACGAUGGUGUACAACAUGAGAAGGCCUCCAAAGUACUUUGAGGACUUUGUCCUGGGGCAUUUCUGCAAACACAGUCGUGACAUUCUUGUGUCCUGUAAAGCCUACUUAGAUGGAGCUCAAGUUGGUUGUCUUGCUAAAGGGGGCGUCCAGGACGUUGACGAGGGCGACAAGAGCUGCUCGCAGCAAUUCAAAAACAAGUUGGCGGAGUUCAUCACUAUUCUGGUAAAUACAUUUUUAGAGAUUGGAGCCAAGGAUUGUCAAGAAUUCCUGUCUUUAGCUCAAAAGGAAACUGGACAAGCAACUACCGUUCCUAGGCCAAUGAACUUACUCUAAACGCAAUCUUCUGACAAAUAUUCGGCAUGGAAGACAUGCAUGCUAGCCCUUGAUAUUAGUCGUUGUGACUGAUUGAGAUUGGUCGGUAUGGGGAGUAUAGAGCUCACUAUUCUUAUAACCCCAGAACGCCUUGAAUCACAUUAGAUAAUAAAAUGUGUAUAUUUGGAUAUGAUGAGUUCAGCUGGUAAUCUAAGUUGAACUUUGGAGCUAUAGACCGUUUUGCUCAAUCUACUUUGAUUGUUUUACUGCUUCUG